AUGCCGAGCAAGAAGCCUGCAGCCGUCGGGGACAAGAAGCGCGGCCGCCCCAAGAAGACCGACGGCCCCAAGAAGCGUCGACGCCGCAAAAGCUCGUGGGACUAUGAGGACAACGACAGCGACGUGGAGUUCGAGGACGACGGCCCCGACGACGAGAGCGACGAGGAGGAGCAGCAGCAGCCGCCAGCCAAGAAGAAGCGAGGCAGACCCCGCAAGGCCCCAGCAGCCGCGGAAAAGGUGAAGAAGGAGGAGGAGAAAGAGAAGGAGAAGAAGGAGCCAAUCAGGCGGAAGAAGGAGGUCUCGACCGUGCCCCGCGAAGAGGACGAGGAGCAGGACCGCGCGGCGCUGGAGGAGAAGCACCGGAGCCGGAAGCGGCAGUACGAGCUGGACAGCGAGCAGCUGCUCAACGAGGUGCGCGAUCUGGCGCUGGCCGAGAAGAAGACGCAGGAGAAGCUCAUUGAGAAGCUCAAGAGAGACGUCACGACGCUGUCCAAGCAGGCGGAGGAGGAGCGCAAGAAGCGCAAGAAGGAGGUGGACAGGAUCGUGGCAGACAAGAUGCGCGAGUUCGAGGCCGAGCAGAGGAAAAGGGACGACGCGGACGCCGAGAAGGCUGCGCUGCGGGAACGCAUCAAGGAGCUCGAGUCGCAGUUCGCGUCCUUCAAGAGGAGCACGGGGCCCGAUGACGUCGUGACGGUGAACGCCGCUGCCGCCUCGGCUGCUACAGCCAUGCAGAACAGCGAAGCCAUCCUCCAGCUUGGUCAGGCUAACAAGCUACUGGAGAUUUACCGACUCGUGACAAGCACGGACAUUCGGUUAAUCCAGUCGACCGAUGACGACGACCAGGAAGGCGACGACUGCACUGAGAUCGUGUGCACGACGAAGGAUUCGGCCACGGGGAACCAGUUUGAGUUCGAGCUGGCUAUUCCUGCAAUUGCCUCGAGUGAGAUCGAGUAUCUGCCGUCCGAGCAGACAGCGACAGGCAUUCACGUGCCAUCCUAUUUACGAGACGAACUGAGCUUCAAUAGGUCCGAGAUGACCAAGUUCAUCCGAUCAGUUCUCGACGUAGUCAUUAGAAAGAAAAAAGUAUAG